AGUUGUGCCAAGAUGGCGACGGGCGUUGUGUUCAGGAGUCUGUCUUCAUCAUGGAGGAUCUCUUCUCUCAAACUGAGCCAAAAGCCGAGGCUGCUCCAUGCCUCCUCGUCCCUGCGUGACUCUGCCCCCAUGCCACAGGCCACCUUCUUCCCUCCGAGCAAUGCCACGAUGCUGCCACCAGAAUCCUUCAAGAACCGAGUUGCCUUCAUCACCGGAGGAGGGACCGGACUCGGCCGUGCUAUGACCCAUGGCCUUAGCGAGCUUGGAGCUACGUGCGUCAUUGCCAGCCGAAAGUUGGAUAUUCUGAAGAAGACGGCGGAGGAGAUCACAGCUCAAACAGGAAACAAGGUGUACCCUGUGCAGUGUGAUGUCAGAGACUCUCAGGCUGUGGCUCAGUGUCUGGAUCAAAUGGAGGAAAUCACAGGACUCCCCGAUGUGGUGAUCAAUAAUGCGGCGGGGAACUUUGUGAGUCCGUCUGAGCGGCUGAGUCCAAAUGGCUGGAGGACCAUCGUCGACAUCGUCCUGAAUGGAACCGCCUAUGUCACUCUCGACCUGGGCAAGAGACUGAUCAGGGACAAGAAAGGAUCCUCAUUUUUGGCGAUUACAACAAUCUAUGCCGAGUCCGGGUCUGGUUUUGUGGUUCCUUCAGCUUCGGCCAAAGCCGGAGUCGAGGCUCUUUAUAAAUCUCUGGCCUCAGAGUGGGGCCGAUACGGACUCCGCUUCAACAUCAUCCAACCAGGACCCAUCCGCACCAAGGGGGCAUUCUCACGCCUGGAUCCCACAGGAGUGUUUGAAGAUUCCAUGAUCCGUCGGAUUCCAGUUGGACGCCUCGGAACCCCUCACGAGAUUAAGAACCUGGCGCUGUACAUGAGCAGCCACUAUGCCACCUGGAUGUCAGGAGCAGUGGUGCGAUUGGAUGGAGGAGAGUACCUGUCGAUGGCCGGAGAGUUCAAUGACCUCCGCAGAGUCUCCUCAGAAGAGUGGGACAUGAUUGAGGCCAUGAUUCGACAAACAAAAGGCUCCUGAACAAAUCAACUCUCACAUGAUGUCAUAGCAUGACAGCCAAUCAGAGUUCUAGAUGAGAUGGACAUUUGUGUGGCCGUGGUUAAUGAAAUGAUGUAAUGUUUUUUGUAAAUCAAUUCAAAAUAAAGCCCGUAAUCACAU